CUAGCCUAUCUAUCUUUGAGCUUGUGAAAUAAAAAUCCUUUUAUUUCUCUAGCUCUUUUUUUGGCUAGUUGCUUCAUCUAAUUUUUGUCAAAAAAAAUAUGGAGAAGGUACAAAGAAUGACUAGAGAACAUGGAGUGGUGAUUUUUAGCAAGAGUACAUGUUGUUUGAGUUAUGCAGUGAGUAUAUUAUUUCAAGAUCUUGGUGUAAUUCCAUAUGUUUGUGAAAUUGAUCAUGAGUCUGAUGGAAAAGAAAUGGAAAAGGCCUUAAUAAGGAUGGGUGUCAAUAGUUCAUUCAUGUUUCCUGCUGUUUUUAUUGGGGGGUUAUUGGUUGGUUCUACUAAUGAAGUCAUGUCACUUCAUCUUCAAGGCUCACUUAUUAAACUUAUCAAGCCUUACAUAUCUGGUUUAAAAAGCAAUUAAGACCCCCCCCCCCCCCUCCUCUCGGAAGCUACUUGAAUAGCAGG